AUGGAAAAUCUGACAGGAGCCUCUCCUAAGGGCAUUAUGCUCAAGUGUAAUCUCACAAGGCACAAGUUUAUCUUUUCCUUAAAUUUAGCAGUGUCAGACUUGAUUUUCCUCAUCACUCUGCCCAUGUGGGCUUCCUACACUGUACUGGGCUACUCGGACUUUCGGUAGCUUCCUGUGAAAGGCCUGUCCCUUCUCACACUCUACACAAGCAUCUUCCUCUUAACUGUUCUCAGCAUUGACUGGUAUAUGGCCAUUGUGCACCCAGUGGAGUCUCAGUAGUGCCAUACUAUGGCCUAUGCAUUGGGCACAUGUGCUGCAGUAUGGCUGCUGGCUCUCAUGCUCAGUCUCCCUGUGACCUAUAUGCGCAGGACCCACUUUAUUGAAAGCAACAUUAGUGACACUGCUAUGCCAUUCACCAUUUGUAGUACCUUCUUCAACAGCUGCAUGAACCAUAUUCUUUACAGCUUUGUUGGAAAGAGGUUCUGCCAGAGUCUUUACACUCUUUGUUUUGAAUGUAAAAUGGCACAAAGCGGUCAGAGAUCACAUGACCGUUGA